UGCGCACGCAUGUCUCUGCUGGACGGGGCUUCGCUCUGCGUUACAAACAAACCCUCCUCACGUGACCCGCUAACAAAAACAAAGGCUUCUUCCCUGUCACGUGACGCGACGAGCCGUCACAGAAGGAACGGAAGCGUUUUGUUUGUUUUCUUUUUACGGAGGGUCUGAAAAAAAAAAUCUGUUGUUAAAUUCUAAACUAGUCAAGAAAAACCAAAACAAAAGCCCCGGUUACGAUAGUGUAGUGAAGGGGGAUUUCCUUCCCUCGUUAAUAAUACAGGACAUGCAUGAACAAGCCCGCCAGUAGCACUGGAGCGGCGCUGCUCGGAUAAGCUCCGCGGUGUUAUGGCUUCCCCCGCGGGCAGCGGUGUGCGAGCGGCCGGCCCCGGUACGGGAGCAUCGGGGGCGCUGACCCGAGCCCGGGCCCCGCUCCUCUCUGCAGCCGCAGCCUCCUCCCCGAGGUCUCUGGUGGUAGCGGAGUCGGUGGACGAUGCGGAGGGGCUGUACGUAGCCGUGGAGCGGUGUCCCCUCUGCAACACAGCCCGUCGAAGACUCACCUGCGCCCGCUGCUUUCAGGCCGGGGACUUCGUAUACUUUGACGGGAAGGACCCCGAGAGGUAUGUGGAUAAAACCGAGAGGCUGAAGCUGCUGAAGAGCAAAAAGGAAGAUCUGCAGCAAAGAGUUAUAAAAGCGAUGGAUGGGAAGUUUAAAGUUGACCAGUUGAAGUGGAAGAUCAUGUCCUGUAGAAUGAGGAGCGAGCAGCUGAGAGAGGCCAUUUGCUGUGGAAAUGAAGAAGUGAAAGGCAACAGGGAGCUGCUCGCCCGCUCGCAGGACGAUGCCCAGCGGUUGGCUCGGCGCGCUCAGCGGCACCAGGAGAAGAAGGAGAAGAUCGAGCGGCACAACCGGCGGCUGGGGGAGCUGGUGGAGAAGCGCGGGCGUGAGGUGCAGGCCCGCCUGGAGGAACUGGCAACAGUGCGGUGCGAACACACCCUGGAGCUCACCGCACACAUCUUCAACACCCAGGAGGACAAGCAGGGCACCAGGGACCCUGCGGACCUGGCUGCGGAGAGUGACCUGGCGCUGACCUCCAGCACAGUCAGCGAGCUCGCCGAGGCGCGGCGCACCACGUACCUGUCCGGCCGCUGGAUCUGGGAUGACCAGAACGGAGAGACCAGCAUCAGCAUCACCGGGCCUGAGACCUCCCUGCCCAGCAACGGGGACUACUCUGCAUACUAUACCUGGGUAGAGGAGAAGAGGAGCAGCCAGGGGCCAGAAAUGGAUUUCAUCAACCCCGCUCACACCAUCAGCGCUGCCCUGUGCUACGCGACUCAGCUCGUCAACAUCCUGUCACACAUACUGGACGUCAACCUCCCCAAGAAGCUGUGCAACAGUGAGUUCUGUGGGGAGAAUCUGAGCAGAUACAGGUUUACCCGGGCAGUCAACAAGCUCAACACCAACAUACUGCAUCUCUGCUUCUCCCAGCAUGUGGACCCAGAGCUGCUUCACCCUCUGCACACGCUGCGGAACAUCAUGUUCCUGGUGAGCCCUGACAACAAGAACCUGGGCAGGACCGGCCCCUUUGAUAUCAGCGCGGACCUGGAGGACUCGAUGGAGCUGGUGGAGCCGGAGGCUGCAGGGCCGGCUGAGGAAAGCGGGGAGGAGAUGGUGACAGAUGAGGAGACAGACCUGGGGACAGACUGGGAGACAGUGCCCAGCCCGCGCUUCUGUGACAUCCCCUCACAACCCAUGGAGCUGUCCCAGAGCAUGGCUAUGCAGGUCUCCCAGCCCAUCGGCAGCAGCUCCGCCGGGGGCAUGAUCUCCUCCGCAGCCGCCUCUGUCACCUCCUGGUUCAAGGCGUACACCGGCCAGCGCUGACUUCAGAGAGAGACAACAUCAGAGGCACGGGCCAGCACUGACAUCACAGAGACACAUCAUCACAGAGGCACUGACCAGCACUGACAUUAGAGACACAACAUCACAGAGGCACGGGCCAGCGCUGACAUCAGAGGCACAGGCCAGCGCUGACAUCACAACGACACUGCUGCACUAGGAUCAGCAACGUGGGGGAGCGUUGACAUCACAGCCACACUGCAGCGGUCAGUGCAACAACAUGGGGUUCAGCACCAGAGUGCUCAAGACCUGGUCACUCCUGUGCCUGGUUACAUGCACUCCUCCUCUUACAGUCCAGGACCUUUUGUUUUUUGUAAUCUUUUAUGGCAACAUUAAGCAAUAACUGUACUGUAGCUACAGACUAUUUAAAGUUUUCAAGGGUGCUGUCUCAUUUUAUUAUGUGUACUACAGGGAAAACAAUGCAGAACUGAAGAGUUGACACAAAACCUGGACCGUCUGAGGUCUGUGGAGUUGAGGUGCAACACACUAUACCAAGACAGAAGAUUGCUACUGAGACUCUCACAACAGAGCUGAGCUGCAGUGCUUCUACACGGGUGUUUCUACACUCUGGACCUGUUCACUUCCAGCUUCCCUGCAGCAGCACUUCAUCUUGUUCUGUUCCUGAGUGCUCGCCAGUCCCUUUAAAAGAAAAUCCCUCUUCCUAAUGCAAAUCAACUUUAACCUGCCCAGCACAGUGGUGUUGAGGAUUGAGAACAUUUUAUUAUUGUUACUGUUGUUCUGGUUGUUGCAAAUGGUCUGGAAUCGAUUGCAUGGGGACACUGGGCCUACAUAAAAUAACUGAGCUGAGUGGGGAGGGUAUUGCCUCACAAAGGAGGGAACGAACCCAAGCAUGCCUGCUAUUAGAACACUGUUAAACCUACACUGACACUGAGCUGAGCGCGGCGCUGUUGCAUCUGCACAGAAGGGGCUGCAUGUUGACCACAGCUAUUAGUAUGCUGAGAUGGGGCUGAAUGUGCAAUGUGUGGGAAACUUUAACAUUUGCAAAUAAAUAACAAACAAAAACAACUCUUUUGGCACACUUUAUAAUGACUUUUCUUGUUACUAAAGCUAUUGUACAAAUAUAUUUUUAGUAGUGUCUGCAUAAAAUUUGAUGUUUCCAGUACAGAUUUAUAAUGGAAAGAUUGACUACUACUGACAUUGUGUUCAGACUGCGGCAGGGGGCAGGGUGGUGUAUUUUGAGCUCACUGGUAAUUAUUAAAAAGUGAAACAAAGCUUUUAAAACUAGUCUAUCCAUGUUAUUUAAAAAUCCCUCUUAGUUACUGCUAACAGCUCACUGUGCAUCAUUGUUAAAAUGGCUUGUUCUCCAACAUCUAAUUAAAUUGUAUUUAUUUCCUAGUGUUAAAUGACAUAAGAUGUGAACAUUCAGGAAGAUGUGCAUUCAUUUAUUUUUUAGAUACAGUUACAGACAGUUAAAUAUGAACCACACAGUGCUAUACUGUACUGUAAAUACCAGUCACGGAGGACGGAGUAGCACAUUCUGUGUGAGAACGGUACACGGUUGUGACAGCCUCUCUGACCUCUCCUAAUUGUCAGUGUGCAUAUGUGUAUGUUUACAAUCCCAAACAUGUCACACCCCCAGCACCAGUCUGCUGAUUCACAUGGUGCGACAGACGGGGUAAUUACUGUGUAAAGGUACAUAGCAGGUGGAGAUAACAACUGAUGGACUGCUGAAGCACUGGGCAUGGUGACAAAGGCUCCUAUAACUGAUGCCUGUAAAAUGUUACUGCAUGAACUGCUCAAUGUGGCUAUCGUUCAUGUGAAGGACAGCUACACUGCAGAGACCAUUGAAAGCACCAGGCUGCUGUGCUUUCAGAGAGACAAAACCACUUCUUUCAAUACAGACUUAAAUGCAGAGUAACUCAAUAGGUUUAAACAUUUACAUCAAGUGAUUUGUGUAACA